ACCAGUGGCUGCAUAAGAUAAGGAUUUAAAGCCCACACCUUUCGUUCUCCUCUUCCGCUGCUGGUUACGCGUUGGGUUCUGGGAGAACUUCUCAGAGCAAGACGAGAGGAAUGAAGAAAUUGCUGUUUUAGCAGCUAAGGUAAAGCUAUCUAGAGAUGACAACGCCAGCUAUCCCUUCUUCUAUCGGCAAUGUUUCUCUCAUUCCCAGGGCCACGUUUUCUUUGAAGACGAGCGAUUGUUCUGUCAAGUGUGGUAUCUCGAGGAAACCUGGAAAACAGUCGUUAUCCUCACUAAGAGUUGUUCUACCUCUUUCAACCUCACUUAGAUUAUUUCCAGCAUAUGCAAGGCAAUAUGUAUUGCAUCCUCGGUUUAGAACCUCAGCCACGGGGACUGAUGUGGUAGUAGAGGAACAAGAUUCUUCUGCUGCUGAUGAAAAUUCAGGAGGAGAGCCGGUUGAAGCAAGUGAAAAGUCGGAAGAAUCUCCUGCUACUACAUCUCAGUCAAGGCGAGCAAGGAUGGGUAGGAAGAGUGAAAUGCCUCCUGUUAAGAAUGAAGAGCUGGUUCCUGGUGUGACCUUUACUGGGAAAGUACGAGCAAUCCAGCCCUUUGGCGCUUUUGUCGAUUUUGGCGCCUUCACUGACGGUCUUGUCCACGUCUCACAGCUGAGUGAUAACUUUGUUAAGGAUGUCUCAAGCGUCGUAUCCAUCGGUCAAGAGGUGAAAGUAAGACUGGUGGAAGCGGAUUUUGAUGCCGGGCGCAUUUCUCUUAGCAUGCGGGAAAAUGAUGAUACCCCAAAACGCCAAUCCGGUAGCGAUAAGCCGAGACCCCCGAGAAAGAAUCCUUCAAAAACAUCACAGAGGAAGGAAGAUUUGAAAACCUCAAAGUUCAUGAAGGGGCAGAUGUUGGAAGGAACGGUGAAGAACUUAACGAGGUCAGGGGCUUUUAUCUCACUCCCCGAGGGUGAAGAAGGUUUUCUUCCCACCGCUGAAGAAGCAGAUGAUGGGCUUGGAAGCAUGAUGGGCAGCUCUUCACUGCAAGCUGGACAAGAGGUUAGUGUACGUGUGUUGAGGAUAUCAAGGGGACAAGUUACUUUAACAAUGAAAAGUGAAGACGGUGAUAAAUUUGAUGAAACACUCAAUGAAGGGGUUGUGUAUACAGCAACAAACCCAUUUGUGCUUGCAUUCCGUAAGAAUAAGGACAUAGCCUCGUUUCUGGACAAAAGGGCGGAAGAGGUGGAGAAGGAAGCUGCUGAGAAACCAGAAGAGACUCCUCCGAAUGAAUCAGAUGAGGUUAUUAAGGACAUUAUCACGUCAAAUGAAAUCAACGAAUCAUUAGCUGGAACUGAAGAAUCCACCAAUGAGUUAUCUGAAUCAUCUGAAGAAAUAACUGAGCAGAUUCUCUCAUCAGAAACUCCAAAGGAAGAAGAAGUUGUGGAGACCAAAGCUGAAGAUGAUUUGUCCGCAAGAGAAGUACAAACAGCAGAAAGCGAAGAGCUAGAGCAGAUUCCAGAUGAUAAUGGCAGUGUCAUGAGUUCGGAGGCAAAACCAGAUGUUCCUCCCAUUCCAGAAACCAAGGAUGAAGAAGAGAACUCUACUCCUCUGAACUCAACUGUCGAUGAAGUUUCACCUUCAGAAACUCCAGCAAGUGAAGAGGUUGAGAAGAAGGAAGUGGUCGCUGAAGCACCAGUUGUUGAAGCCGAGGCUCAUGCUCCUGCUCCUGUAGUAGCAGAAGCUUCUUCUGAGGAAAAUGGCAAUAUUGAUGCCGAUAGCAGCUCCCCCAACGGAAGCAUCAAAGGAAGCAUAUCACCAGCUCUGGUGAAGCAGCUUAGAGACGAAACAGGGGCUGGAAUGAUGGAUUGCAAGAAAGCUCUCUCAGAGACAGGGGGUGAUAUAGUCAAAGCCCAAGAGUACCUUCGGAAGAAGGGUCUAGCGAGUGCAGAGAAGAAAGCCAGCAGGGCAACAGCCGAGGGAAGAAUCGGUGCUUAUAUCCACGACAGCAGGAUCGGUGUCCUCUUGGAGGUUAAUUGCGAGACAGAUUUUGUCUCACGAGGCGAAAUUUUCAAGGAGCUUGUUGACGAUCUGGCGAUGCAGGUGGCUGCUUGCCCUCAAGUAGAGUACCUUGUCACCGAAGAUGUUCCAGAAGAAAUCGUGAACAAAGAAAAAGAGAUGGAGAUGCAAAAAGAAGACCUUUUGUCAAAACCCGAGCAGAUAAGAGAGAAGAUAGUUGAAGGUCGGAUAAAGAAGAGGCUGGAGACUCUAACAUUGCUCGAGCAACCCUACAUUAAGAAUGAUAAGGUGACAGUGAAGGAUUGGGUGAAGCAGACGAUUGCAACUGUGGGAGAAAAUAUCAAGGUGAAGAGAUUCACAAGGUACAACCUUGGAGAGGGCCUUGAGAAGAAAAGCCAGGACUUUGCUGCUGAAGUCGCUGCUCAAACCGCUGCUAAACCAAAGGCUGAACCAGAGAAGGAGCAACCGAAAGCCGAGGAGCCCAAGGAAACUGCUGUAAAGGCAGCAUCAACAGCAGUUUCAGCUGCUCUCGUGAAGCAACUGCGCGAAGAAACAGGAGCCGGUAUGAUGGACUGCAAGAAAGCCUUAGCUGAGACAGGAGGAGAUCUUGAAAAAGCACAGGAAUACCUCAGGAAGAAGGGCCUUUCAACCGCUGACAAAAAAUCUAGCCGUCUUGCAGCGGAAGGCAGGAUCGGCUCAUACAUCCACGAUUCUCGCAUUGGAGUUCUGAUUGAAGUGAACUGUGAAACGGAUUUCGUUGGCAGAAGUGAGAAGUUCAAGGAAUUGGUUGAUGAUCUUGCUAUGCAAGCAGUGGCCAAUCCUCAGGUGCAAUACAUCUCCAUUGAAGACAUUCCAGAGGAGAUAAGGAACAAUGAGAAAGAGAUUGAGAUGCAAAGAGAGGACAUUUUGUCGAAACCCGACAACAUAAAGGAGAAAAUCGUCGAGGGGAGAGUCUCCAAGAGGCUGGGAGAGCUUGCACUGCUGGAGCAACCAUAUAUUAAAGAUGACAGUGUCCUGGUGAAGGACCUGGUGAAGCAAACAGUGGCUGCUAUUGGGGAAAACAUCAAGGUCAGGAGGUUCAUGAGAUUUACACUUGGAGAAGACAACUGAGGUGUGUGACCACAGCAAAUAGAGCAAUUUUUCAAUGAGGAACUUUUGAUCACCUUCUGAUCGAUGUUAAACUAAAAAGCUGUAAUUUUGUACUUGAAGAUACAUUUCUUUAUAAAGCUUGUGAGUCAAUAAAAUAGUUUCUUGCGUA